AUGACUAUUAAGUUGGUGGUGGGUGAGGGUACUUUAAAUGCCGUUAGCGCGUACGCGCCGCAAGCAGGCUUGGAUGAGGAGAUUAAAAGGCGUUUUUGGGAGGGUUGGAUCGUUUGUAGUAUUCCGCCUUCCGAGAGGUUAUUCAUAGGAGGAGGUUUCAAUGGUCAUAUUGGAUCAUUUGCAGGUGGGUACACUGAGGUGCAUGGCGGCUUUGGUUUCGGGGAGCGGAACGGAGGGGGCAUUUUGCUGUCAGACUUUGCCAAGGCAUUCGAUCUAGUGAUUGCGAACUCAAGUUUUACGAAGCGGGAGGAGCAUUUGAACCUUCCAGAAGACUCCAUGGCAGCUAUGUAG